UUUAGCGGUUGCGGAAACCUCCCGGGUAUCGAGAAAACCAGCCCCCAAUAGGCGGUGCCGUGUGGUCUCGUUCGGUGUUACUCGGCUGUCCAAGCCGGUUUGAGUCGCGGGAGUGAGAGAGGAUUAGAAUGCGACACGGCGACCGAGCGUGAAACGUUGUGGGGGUGGAAAGGAAGACUCGUGAGAUUGUCCUCAAGUGCGGUGAAGUCCGAACAUCGUGCUCAUCACAAAGCGUCCACGUGGCACGCCCGAGCAGCGACGAUGAGAGGCGACGUAAUCUUCAAAGUGUCGGUGAUCGGAGUCUUAUUUAUCGUCGGCGUUUACUGGGUGAACAGCACGAUAGAGCUCAAACUGGAACGGAGGAUUUGGGACGUCUUCUCCAAAGAUAACGUUGAAGCUACCUUCACAGUGCCAGCGGCAACGACGAAGGGCAAGUGCGGGAGAGCAGAGGCGUGCCCGCUAGGCCACCUGGCGUUCAGGAUGGCGAGCGGAGAGAACACCUUCAUCGGGCCCCACAUUUGCAUCGAGAAUCGAACAGUUAUGGAUGGCGACUUAUACAAUGUGGGGCUUGGACUUAACAUUGCUGUUGUGAAUGGAGCAACAGGCGCUGUGAUACACACGGAAGUGUUUGACACGUUCGAAGGUGAUAUCACAGAGCUCAUCAACCUCCUGAAGAUCGUAACGGACGGCUCCUUGCUGCUGAUUGCUUCGUUUGAUGAACCAGCCUCCAAGCUGAACGCAGAAGCUCGCAACUUGUUUGCUGCGAUGGGAAGCCGCUUUAUAAAGAACAUCGCCUACCGGGACACGUGGGUCUUCGUGGGCACGAAAGGCAACGCGAACAGCUCUCUGUUCGAAGCGCACACGAAGAACAACCAGGAGACGAACAAGUACCAGGGUUGGCCGGAACGCGUGGAGAUCGACGGCUGCAUUCCGCUGAGGAAAAGCGGUGGCGCGACGCUCUGAACGCACACGCACACACACGCACGUGCACACGCACACACACGCACGUACACACACACACACACGCACACACACGCACGCGCACACACA